UGCUUGUCUUGAUAACUUUAUGCGCCAUGCUUAACUGCUUAAUUAGUUGUUCAAGAGCGGCUCCGAGUUUUUUCUACGGGUCUCGUUAUCUUUUCUAGCCACGUCAAAAGACGUUGAAUUAAAAAAAUGGUGGAAAUUGAGUCAAUGACGAGAUACGUCUCGCCGGUGAAUCCAGCUGUUUUUCCCCUGCUGGCCGUGGUACUGUUAGGAAUUGGAGUAUUCUUCACAGCUUGGUUCUUCGUAUAUGAAGUUACAAGCACGAAAUUCACACGAGACAUAUUCAAGGAACUGUUAAUAUCUUUGGUCGCAGCGAUAUUUUCUGGCUUUGGAGUGUUAUUUCUGUUACUCUGGGUUGGCAUUUACGUAUAGUUAUAGAUUGAAUGAAAGUAAUAAAUUACUCGAUGAUUAUUCAAGCUCAGAAGGAAAGAUUUUUUUGUUAUAUUUUAUCACUGCAGUUAAAUAAACACAACCGUGAAUACUUC